AUGCCUAGAUCUGGUGGAAUAAAUGGAAAUUUUAUCGAUAAGACAUUUUCAAUUGUAGCCAAUAUCUUAUUACGAAUAAUUCCGACAACUUCCGGGGAAAAAGAGAGGGGAAGAAGCACUACACCUAGGAAUCAACAACACGAAAACUUUGUUAUAAUAUCCCUUUUCCUUAUCGGGAUCGGAACUUAGAAAAAUGGUUGGGACAACAAACAUCCAUCUCGUUUGUAUUUUGGAUACCUGUAUAACCAUCGAAGACUGUUGAAGUGACUAAUUCCUGGAAAUUUAGAGGCGUUGAGGACAAAGAAAUUGUUAGAGUUAUCAUUUUUUUUUUAUCUAGUAACACCAUGCUUGAUGUUAAGAAAAGAUCUUUUACAGGAAGGUUGGCUAGAGAUUUUUUGUAAAAACGCUAGUCCCAUGAGUUCAUAAUGAGAGUAUUUAAAUCUUUUUUGAUUUCAUGUAUUAUUCUCAUCUCAUUAUGCACAUCACAGAAAGGGAGAGCCGUAUGAGAUGAAAAUCUCACGUACGGUUCUGGAACGGAGAUUCUUUGAAUGGAAUAACGAACGACCGUAACUGAUGUCGGCUCAAUCCGAAGGAAAUUAUGCGGAAGCUCUACAGAAUUAUUAUGAAGCUAUGCGACUAGAAAUCGAUCCCUAUGAUCGAAGUUAUAUACUCUAUAACAUAGGUCUUAUCCACACAAGGAACGGAGAUCAUACAAAAGCUUUGGAAUAUUAUUUUUGGGCACUAGAACGAAACCCGUUCUUACCACAAGCUU